AUGUAUAUAUUUGUUGCUUUAUUUGCACUCUCAAGAGCUGUCGAUGUGUUCAUUUCACCUGAGGGCCACGACUACGACGAUGGAACUUAUACCAAGCCGUAUAAAACCAUUCAAGCUGCAAUUAAUUCCUUUGCCAAAAAGACUUUACCAUCAGAGGGAAUUACUUUCAAGCUUUUUCCUGGUAACCACAAAAUAAUAAACAAGACUUUAAGUGCCAAUGUUAAUAACUUAAAUAACACAAAUAACGUUCCUAUCAAAUUUACUAGUUCCCUCCAAAACAAUUUGGCAAGUAUAGUUGGUGGGACACAACUUCCAGUGACCUCUUUCAGAGCAUUGGACGCAACAAAAGAUUCCAAACAAUACUCCAAAAUACAAGCAGAUGUUCGCUCAAAAGUGAAAGUGUGUGAUUUAAAUUCUUUGACAACCGAAGUCAAUUUGAUCAACAUUGCCGAGACAAAAACGACUGAAUUAUUUGUCGACGACUUCCGUAUGAAAAAUGCAAGAUAUCCAAAUAAAGAUAUAACGCCUGAAAAAGCAGUUGACUCUAUUUAUAUUAUUAAAGCGACCUUCACACCGGACGUCUCUGGUUUUUAUAGAGCGACGACUAAAAAGUGCGACAACCAAACAGUCUGGCAGAAGACUGUAGCAGUCAAUAGUAAAACUUAUUAUAUAUAUACUAUAAAUGGUACAUACUACUUAUCUCCAAGAAGUGACUGCAAAGCACCAGCCAUUGCUGAUGGCCCUUCUUGGAGUGCCAAACGGACUUCCAUGAAAGGGAGUGUAGCUCCACUUUCCAAUUCUGGAGCUACUGGUAACGUUAAUUUGCCCAAAGAGGGUUACACAUAUAGAGGGUUCAUGUUUACUGCGUUUUCCGAGUCCACAAACAAAAAUGCUAAAACAUUUGGGUACAACAACGACCGCAUCAGUAAGUGGAGUUCUGCGAAGAAUUUGUGGAUCAAAGGGUAUUUCAAGUACUUGUGGUCGGACAGUACAAUUGCUGUUGAUAAUAUUAACACGACUGCAAGAACAAUAACAUUGAAAUCGACAACGAGUUAUGGGAUUAAUGCAGAAAUGCCCUAUUUUGUGUAUAACCUGAUUGAGGAAUUGGAUGAAGAAGGGGAGUAUUUUAUAGAUCGAGAUGAGAAGAAGAUAUACGUCAUCUUUUACAAGACCCCAAAGGAGAUUUGGAUAUCACACUCCACUAAAGAAGCCGUCAAAAUAGAUAAAGUGAACAACAUCGAAUUCACCAAUUUGAAUUUCAAGUACUUCCCAAACGGCUUUGGUUCGUCCAACAGUAAAAAUUUAAAAAUUAAUAAGUGCGGGUUUAAACACUCUGGCAGCAACGGAAUAAGUGUGUCCGGACAAAACAGUAAAAUAGAGAAGAAUCAGUUCUAUGACAUUGGAACGACGGCAGUGUACGUGUUCUGUGGCAAUCGCGUGACUCUAACGAACGGAAGUUGUCUCGUCAAAGACAACACAUUUACGCUCUUCUCGCAAAACCAUUACACGUACACGCCAGCUAUUAAUUUGGGCGGUGUUGGCAAUAUAGCAACUCACAAUUUCAUCGAACAAAGUCCACAUGAGGCCAUCACUUUCUCUGGGAACAACCACGAAAUUAGUUAUAACAAAAUAGAAAAUGUGUGUAUCUAUGCGAGUGACGCCGGUGCUAUAUACACGGGAAGACGUUGGGAUUGGCCAGGGACUGUUAUUAAGUAUAAUUACAUUUAUAAUAUCACAGGAUGGGGACAAAGUGGGUCAUACGUCCAAGGGAUCUAUCUGGACGAUAUUCUCUCUGGGGAGAAAGUGUUUGGAAACAUCAUGCAGAGUAUUCGUGGACGUGGGAUUUUACACGGAGGUGGACGAGAUAACGAUAUCACAAAUAACAUCAUGUAUGACUGUGACUAUGGAUACAAUGGAGAUAUGCGUGGGCCAAAUUCAUAUUCAACAAAGACUGGGGACUCUUGGAAUUUACUUGAAAAAUGCAGUGAAGGCGGAAUUAAUCGACUCACAGAACCGUGGAAAAGUGCAUACCCUCUCUUGUACAAAAUACCAAAUAACAAUGACCAAAUAGUUAGUGAAAAUCAUUGGUUAUUGCCUGAAAAUUGUGUUGUUGAUUGCAAUGUGGUAUACAAAAGCAAAUACCGCAAUUACAACUGUGGUACAAGUGUGACAAAGAACUAUAAAGUGUUUAACCAAAAUCUUUAUAAUUCAUCAUUGGACCCGCUCUUUGUAGACCCAGAACAUGGAGACAUGAGACUCAAAGAAAACUCACCAGUGUAUAACAUGAAGUGUUGGCAAGACAUUCCAUUCGAUGAAAUUGGAAUAACAAAAGUUAAUGAUGGAGUACAUACAAAUGUUAUAAUCUCUGUUGUACUUCUCAUGCUAGUAAUCUUGUGUUAA